AGCCAGUUUGAGUAUAAAACUGUUAGGUGCCUCCUCCCAGUGCUAUCUCCUCCUGAGCACCUCCCUCUCAGUCGAGCCCAGCAGGGCUCUAUCAGCCAGUGCCUUCUGCCACCAGGAAGCCCGUGGAGUAAAUACAUCUCAGAUGGUUGCAACUGAGUAGAAGCAGCCAAGUCCGAGUCCUGGCAGUCUAGAAAGCAAUUCACCAAGGCCGCGGGCUUCUUCCUGGAAGCCUGGAAGCAAUGUCUUUGCUCAUGGUUUCCAAAGCAGGGUAGAAGGAGCACCUGAGUUCCAUGUGCAAGCGGGGUUUGGGCAAGCAGUCCACUGCACCUGCCUAAUGACUCUGGGUCCAUCAAUGCUCUAUAGGAGUUUCGAGCGUGUUCUUGAAAUAACUGAGUAAAGUUGGAAACCUAUCAUUUUGACUCAAAAAAAAAAAAGCGGGGUGCUAGGAACGGCCCUUCCCAACUCUGGCUCUGUGCACCUCUCUGCCUGUGCCGUCAUGCUGACGGGAGUGUGCUGGCCCAUCGGAGAGCCCAGCGGCCACACUGCAACCAUAGAUCUCACAGCUUCUUUGCUGCUGCAUUUUCUGGUGUGGUAUUCAGACCUCAAGGCUUCUAGGAGUGGUGCCUUCUGAGGACAGAAGUGUUUUCCUCAGGAGACAAGAACACCUGACAGCAUUUUCUUUGUUUCUGAUAACAGCUUUAAAGAACACCGAGCACCUCCUACCACUUCAGACCAAAAGCUACCUAAAAUCAGGAUUAUUUAUGGAGAGAAAGGAAGGAUGAAUGGACAGUCUUUGGUUGGCGGCUCUGGUGAUGCCCCUUGUGGUCCUCUUUGGAAAGACUCUUUUGGAGUUAAGGUUGGUGAGGCUGCACACGGAGGCUCCUCCUGGCACAGCUUGGCCCAGGCACGUGGGCCACCGGAACAGGAGCCAGAGGAAGAGCUAUCCAUGGAGAAUAGCCCCACUAUGGCUAAAAUGGACCAGGGUGAAAAUCAGGUUUUACCAAGUCCAAGAAGAAGACACCUCCCCAAGGCACUUGGCUAUGUCACCGGUGAUAUGAAAGAAUUUGCCAGCUGGCUUAAAGACAAACCACAGGUGCUCCAGUUCGUAGAUUGGGUUCUUCGGGGCAUAUCCCAAGUGGUGUUCGUCAGCAACCCCAUCAGCGGAAUCCUGAUUCUGGUGGGGCUCCUCGUCCAGAAUCCCUGGUGGGCUCUCAAUGGCUGUGUGGGAACAGUGGUCUCUACCCUGACGGCCCUGUUACUUGCUCAGGACAGGUCAGCAAUUGCAGCCGGGCUGCAGGGCUACAACGGCACCCUGGUGGGAAUACUCAUGGCUGUCUUUUCAGACAAGGGCAACUAUUUCUGGUGGCUGUUAUUCCCUGUGUCUGCUAUGUCCAUGACUUGUCCAGUUUUCUCAAGCGCACUGAACUCCUUGUUCUGCAAAUGGGACCUCCCCGUCUUCACCCUGCCCUUCAACAUGGCAUUGUCAAUGUACCUUUCGGCCACGGGACAUUACAAUCCAUUCUUCCCAGGCAAACUGUUCAAACCUAUAACCGAGGUUCCCAAUGUCACCUGGACUGACCUCAGUGCCCUGCAGCUAUUGAAAUCCCUGCCCGUGGGUGUCGGUCAGAUCUAUGGCUGCGAUAACCCAUGGUCGGGGGGCAUUUUCCUGGGCGCCAUUCUGCUCUCCUCCCCGCUCAUGUGCCUGCACGCUGCCAUCGGGUCGCUGCUGGGGAUAGCGGCAGGACUCAGUCUUUCAGCGCCAUUUGAGAACAUCUACUUUGGACUCUGGGGUUUCAACAGCUCUCUGGCCUGCAUUGCAAUGGGAGGGAUGUUCAUGGCACUGACCUGGCAAACCCACCUGCUGGCUCUUGCCUGCGCCCUGUUCACUGCCUACCUUGGAGUCAGCCUGUCACACAUGAUGGCUGUGGUGGGAUUGCCAGCUUGUACCUGGCCCUUCUGUUUGGCCACACUACUGUUCCUCUUGCUGACCACGAAAAAUGCCAACAUGUACAGGAUGCCCCUCGGUAAAGUCACUUAUCCUGAAGAAAACCGCAUCUUCUACAUACAAGCCAAGAAAAAAAGGAUGGUUGAAAGCCCUUUGUGAGAGCAACCCCACCCACAGCCAUGGUCACAAGGGGUGGCUGACCGACUGCCCCAGGUGACCCCCAGGGUCUUGGCAAACUGCUGUUUUUUGCCUUUAACGACUUUCGUACUACUAACCCAUUGGCGAUCUGCUCUUAGGCUCACUUUGUAGCUUUCUCUUAGACUCCAGGAGCAUCCCCAAACAUGUGAGAGACCAGAUGGUGUGCCCUGGUGGGGCGUUGGUGCUAAGACUAAUAUAUUUAUAAGGUCAAGUGCUCCAACAGAACGAAGAUGUGAGACCAGAGCUAAUGAUUGACAUUUAUUGAUAUUCUUGGUGUUUGGUUAGGCUACGUGAUGUUAACAGUAUUAAAAAUUAAGCUCUACAACUAAGCCUCAAGUGAAUGGAAUUCAUGGUCACAAAGUCAAAGUCAACCCAGAAUUCUCAGAUAAGCAGUGUGACUUGUUUGAAAUCGAUACAAGUUACACAUGACAGUGGUAGUGCCCACAGCUCAUGCCCCAGCCCCUCAGCAGAAUGGCCUGGAUCCUGCCCUGUGUGGGUGGGAUUCUCUUACGGGAGAUGGGCUGAUUCUUUCCAGGCGGACACAGCUGUAGGAGAGAGAAAGGGAUUUUAUCAGUCAAAAUUAUUCUGGAAUGUUAUUUUUCUUAGACAUGGCAAAGGAUUUUUUUAGAUAAGGUUUAUUAUCUUUUUCUUAUGAGAAUGCAUUUGUGUUUCCAAUGAGGUAAAAUAAGAGAAGUUCCUGGCUUAACCAGUUCCUAGAUAUUAAAGAAAAGUUACAUUUUUAUGAAAUAUUCGGCAUAGCUGUUUUCACUUUAAUCCACAUGUUGAUUUUGUAAAUGCCAGGAACGUGUAGAACCAAGUUAUCAGCAUCCAAGGGUCCUUUAACGCCACAAUUUGCCAUCCAUUUGGGAUGUUUUACAUGUUAUAAAGCCUGAAAGUUAAGUUCAGAUUGUUUCUGGAUGCUUGGAAGUUGUUGAAUUUCUUUAAAAAAAAAAAAAAAUUUCAUGAAAAAAAAAAGUCAUUAUUAUCUGCACACUCAAAAUAUUCUCACUCAGAACCCAAAGGUAAAGGGUUCUCCUGUUUUUCUUUGUUUUAAUUUUAAAGUCAUCAGUCCUAUAAACAUCCUAUAACCAAACACACUGAGGAUGCCAUAGAAAGUGCCACUCGCUACCUUCCGCUGAAUCUGUACGGAUUCAGUGUUUUGGAGGAUUCGGAAAGAGAAACCGUGGAAUCCUAAAGGGUUUUUCCCCCCUGUGGGUUUGCAGUGCUCGGUGCGAAAUAUUUAGGUUGUGCAGGAAUAAACAGAAGAAGGGAAGCCAACCUAAAAUAUUUCAGGGAGAAGUCCACUUCUUCCUUUUCUCAGGAAAACAAACAUUGUUCUGAUUUAACAACCCUGUGACCAAAGCCUUUUGAAACCCUGAAUCUGCAACUGUCAUAGAGUCAUGUGGAAAAACUAAAUCUUCACCGUGCGAACGGAAAUCUCCCUUGUUAGGGAAUUUGUGAAAUAAGACUUGGUGGGAGGGCAGGGGAGGAGGACUCAAAAACGAAAGCAGAACCAAAGAUAAACCAGGAGAGAAGAGUCCAGGCUGUGGUUGAGUGAACCAGAGCCUCUGACAUGCCUCCAGGCCCAUCUUCACAGGAGCUGGAGUGUUCUCCGUAUACCUUCUGCUGGUGGGCUCACACAGGCGUGUAAAUAGGAACAUUCUAAAGCCUUGUACAUGGCCGAAUUUAAAUGGUAUUAAUUUUUUCAAGCUGUUUUUGUUACUAAGUGUUACCCUGAAAUGAAGUGAGUAUUUUGGUAGUUUCCUCAGGGAUCACUUGGAUUCUUUUCCUAUUGUUUGUAUAACAAAUUUCUAGGUAAGAAUAUGAAUAAAAUUAUACUCACAGCUCA